CUCAUUGCUGCCACCUGUGAGCGGCAAUAAUCCCACUCUUCCACCAUCGUCUGUCAAAGGUGUCUGGUGCCUCAAUGAGAACGAUUUUGUAGUUUUAUACUUAAUAUUUUAUGUUAUUUAUAAAAUUGUAACUGGCGCAAUGUCAGAGAACGGCAGCCCCACGUUAUUAAAUUUGCGCGAUUUCCGAAUACAAAAAAAGACGUUAAGUCACCACAGUAACAACGGUGCAAUUAGCUCCGCAUCCAAUGGGGCUGUGAGGCGCCGAAUAAUUGCAUUUUCAGAUUCUGAUUCCGACUGUGAUAGUUCUGGAACAAAUUCUCAAUCUGCGGUGACUCCAAAACCAAAUAUUGUCAUUGUCCCCAAUUCGAAAAAUAUGAAGAAUCCGGCCGUUUUGGAGAAGGAGAACCAGAUGAAGUAUUUAAUGUCGUCAUUCCCGAAUGUUGAUGCUAUGGUUAUUCACGAUGUGCUGUCUCGUCAUGGGUUUAAAGUAGACGAAGCGGCGUCGGAGUUGGCCAGGUGUCACGCUGUCGAAUUCAAUUCGCAAGGUUACGCCAAGUGGAAGGAAGCGAACACUUCAAACAAUCCCGAAAGCCUGGUGAAAAGCACUGGCAAGAGGAAACCCUCCCCUGAGAGCGCGCCCUACAACAAACGGAAAAAAUUUAAACGUCGGAAGUCCGAUGACGACACGGACGACAGCACUGGCAGCAAUCAGGACUUCAAAGACCGUCGCGUGUUUGACAGUGACGAGGAUUCGGACGUCGAAAUUAGCGAUGAAUUAACCGGGGACAAGAGGAAAGUUUUUGAAUUCAUGCAAACGGCAACUGAAAGCGAGCUCCAAUUGAUGAGUUUCUGUUCAAAAAAGAAGGCAGAGGCGAUCAUUGAAGCUAGACCAUUUACUGGCUGGGUGGAUUUAGUACAAAAAUUGAGUAACAAUAAAAACCUAAACACGGAUUUACUAAAUGCGGCACAACAAGUACUUAUGACUCGGAAUAAUAUUAGACACUUGAUGAAGAAAUGUACAAACUUGGCCCAACAGAUGGAGAAGGCUGUUGCUGCAGGCGCUGGGGUUAAAGCCCAACCGAGGAUUUUAUCAGUUUCGUUGCGUUUGACUAAUUAUCAAAUGGUUGGGCUUAAUUGGUUGGCGGUCCUGCACGCGCAACGGGUGAACGGUAUUUUGGCCGAUGAAAUGGGUCUGGGGAAAACUGUGCAAGUUAUUGCCUUCUUGGCCUAUUUGAAGGAGACUUUCCAAGCGCAAAAUACUCAUCUUGUAGUGGUGCCUUCGUCGACUUUAGAUAAUUGGAGGUCCGAAUUCGCCCGCUGGUGCCCCCAAUUACGCGUUUUUAUGUACUAUGGUAGCACAGAGGAGAGAAGGGGCUUCCGAGUUGAUUUUGCAAAGGGGAUUUUGGCCGAUUUCGAUGUGAUUUUAACAACUUAUUCAUUGGUCGGAAACAGCCCAGAGGAACGCAAAAUGUUCCGCGUAACACCGAUGCAUUAUGUGAUUUUCGACGAGGCCCACAUGCUAAAAAACAUGAAUACUCAGCGUUACGAAAACCUGAUCAGAAUCAAUGCGAAACAUCGCAUUUUGUUGACCGGAACCCCGCUCCAAAACAAUUUGCUUGAACUGAUGUCGCUGUUGAUUUUCGUGAUGCCAAAAAUGUUUGCCGAAAAAACCGAAGAUUUGAAAAGUCUGUUCCAGAAAACUUCCAAGUCGAAACAAACCGACGAUACGUUGCCGCCCUUUGAGCGCGAACAAAUCGAACAGGCGAAACGAAUCAUGAAACCGUUUGUUUUGAGACGAUUAAAGUGUGACGUUUUGCAAGAUCUUCCCAAAAAAAUCGACCAUGUUAUGAAGGUGCCAAUGGCACCCACUCAGAAAGAGCAAUAUGAGGCUUUAGUUGCCUCGUACCAAAAUGCAGCGGUUGAGGAGGAAAGUGCCUACAAUGGCAUGAGCAUAAUGACCGAUUUGAGGAAAUUAAGCAAUCAUCCGUUGCUCUUAAGAUACCACUACGACGAGCAUCAAAUUAGAGAAAUGGCCAAACUUUUAGUCAGAGACCCGACGUACAAGGACACGGUGGAGGAAUACAUCGUCCAAGAUUUGUUGUUCAUGUCCGACUUUGAAAUCAAUAAGUUGACCAAAAUCCACCGGUGUUUGGAGCGCUACAUGCUUCCCGAUAAUCUCAUUCUAACAUCGGGUAAAUUUUUAUACUUGGAUAAAAUCCUAGCGGAGCUCAAGCAAAACGGGCAUCGAGUGCUCAUAUUUAGUCAGUAUGUGAUCAUGUUGAACGUAAUGGAAGACUAUCUUAAAAUCCGCAAGCACAAGUAUUUGAGAAUGGAUGGGAGCACUCCAGUUAACGAAAGACAGGACCUUGUUGAUGAAUAUAUGGGGGAUAACAGUAUUUUUAUUUUCCUGCUGUCGACUCGAGCAGGGGGUCUUGGUAUUAACCUGACUUCGGCUGAUACUGUCAUUAUACACGACAUUGAUUUUAACCCGUAUAAUGACAAACAGGCCGAGGACAGGUGUCACAGGAUGGGUCAGACGCGACCUGUGACUGUGUACAGAUUAGUUUCUCAGGGUACUAUAGAGGAGGGAAUGCUCGAAAUGAAUAAAGAAAAGCUGAAAUUGGAGAGACAGAUAACCACCGAAGAAACAGAUAAUCCUGAUGUCAAGAGUGUGGUGAGAUUGCUGUCUUCAGCCUUGGGUAUUGAUAGUUCAAAAGCCAACGCGUUCGUGUCCCCACCAAAAAAGAAGACGUGAACGUGUUAUGUUUUAGUUACUGUUAGUUUUCCCGUAACUGAUCUGCAUUUGUUAAGUUAGUCUCUGUGUUAAUCAACAAUAAAAUAUUUUCCUUAA